AUGUUAUAUGAGACAAAAUUCGAUGAAAAAGAAUUGAAAAAAUUAUAUUCUGAUGCUGCAAAGCGUUAUUCCAUAUAUAAUACAGGAACCGAUGGUAAUAAAAGCGAAGGUCAUGUUACAACGAAUUCCGAAAAUCAUUUAAAUAUAAGUAUAAUGCAAAUAAGAUUACUUGAUGCAUUCCUCCAGUAUAUGAAGAAUAUCGAUGGGCAUCAAGAUGUAUCACUUGGUGAUGUUAAAGUUCAAUUACUUGAUAAUAUUCAAGAUCAAUCACCUAGUGUUAAAAAAAUUCAGGAAUCUACUGUUGAUCAACGUGAACAUGAUGUUGAUGCUGAUAAUGAUAUGAAAGAGUAAAAUUACAUAUUAUUUCUAAUAAAAUAAUAAUUUUUUUAAUUUCAAUGUUGAUGAAGAUCAAUCUAGUGCUGAAACAACCUUUUAUUGUCCAAAAUGUAACAGUGUUAUUGAAGAAUAGGGUGUGGGUGGGUGUGGGAGGGUGUGGGUGUGGGUGUGGGUGUGGGGUGUGGGUGUGGGUGGGUGUGGGUGUGGGCGUUUGUGUGGGGUGGGUGUGGGUGUGAGUCUGGGUGAUUGGAUCC